UUUUCUGCACAAUGGCUUUUUCACUGCUGGCUUUUUAUUUUGCAAUACUGUUAUCUGGGACUCUGGAGCUGUCCUCAUCUGGUCAUCAGAAGAGCGUUUUUGUGUCACGUAAAACGAGUGACAACUUGAUUUUGAAAUGUUUCUACGAAGGUGAGGUUGCUGCAAGGCUUUACUGGUAUAAACAACCUCUUGGACAGAAACCAAAGCUCAUCUCUUACUCCUACAUAUAUGAAAAAAAUAACACAUUUUUUGGCGAAUUCAAGAAUAAUCCCAGAUUUUCACUGGAUGCUGAAAAUGGCAAAAACCACUUGAUGAUCAGAGAUUUACAAAUUUCAGACUCAGCCACUUACUACUGUAUGACCUCUUAUUUAUACAGAUUAACAUUUUCAGAAAGCAUUACUGUUAUUGUUAACGAUGCAGAGUCAAACGUCCAAGCUGUGGUCCAACAGUCAGCAUCUGAGACCAUCCAGCCAGGAGACUCUGUGACUCUGAACUGUACAGUACACACUGGGACCUGUGACGAAGAACACAGUGUGUACUGGUUCAAAGACUCUGGAGAUUUUUACCCAGGACUCCUUUACACCCAUGGAGGCAGGAAUGAUCAGUGUGAGAAGAACGAACAAACACACAACUGUGUCUACAACUUGCCAAUGAAUAACCUGAAUCUGUCUCAUACUGGGACCUACUACUGUGCUGUUGCCUCAUGUGGACACAUACUGUUUGGAAAUGGAACAAAACUGGACUUUGAACAUAAUGUUUUCUGGAGCGGCACCUUUGCAGUCACCUCCAUCCUGAGUGUAUUGCUGGCUUUCUCAGUGUGUGCGAUCAGCAAGAAAUGCAUCUGCAAAUCUCCUGAAUCUCAAGCAAGUCUCCCUAAAUCAGAUGCAAUGGGUUUCCAAGAGGCAGAAAGACUCUAUUUUCCAUCUUCAACUGUCAACCUGCGCAACAGAUCAAGAAGUCAGAAGGAUCACACCUGGAGUGAAUGUGUGUACUAUAGUGUAAAGCAUUAGUACGCAGAGAAGACACGGUGUUUGAAAUGUAGUAUUUCUUUUUUCUGUGGCAUCAUGUUCACAAUAUACAAUAUAUACAAUAUAUCACAAUAAUGUAGCAACCAUGAGAAACAAAUGUCAGUAUUCACUUAUUUUUUAAUCCUCAUUCUCU